AUGUCUAAUUCGGAACAAAGGAUGGUCGAGGGUCAACUGCAAAAUGGAAGUCUCGAAGCUGUGUCAGCUUUUACAUCGACCCUAGGCGGGUAUGAUUCACCCACUUCUAUGGACGAUGCGAACGCGAUGCAAGACCCAAACAUUUCGUUACCACUUCAAUCCAGUCAAACACCAGCAUUCACUGCCAUAUUCAAGUCCAAUACCAUAGCACCUUCGCCUCCUCAUAGCAGAUCCACUUCGACAAACGAGGCAUACACCCCACUAGCGCUUGACACCACUUCUCGUCUUCACCCAAAUAUAGAUCCUUCUAGUAAUCGGACCCCGAGUCCUCUAAGCGCGGGUCUGCGAAUACAAACCGAUAUCGUUCCAGGUUGUACAGUAGCAUCUACCAACACAGAGACCGGAAUUUCUGAACGCGAAUCUCCCGAUACCACAAGAAUACACUCAAGAUCAAGCGGGCAGAUGGGCAUGUCUCUCGCACGAACCCCCAGUGUUAAGAAUGUUCUUGCAAGCAGUAUAGGUAGCAACAAUUCGGCACCAAACUCUGCAUUAUCGUCGCCAAUGUUGAACGCAAUGGCAGAUGUUACUCCUCUUCCUUCACCACUCAUGUCGGGGGACUCACCUGGACCAUGGAAACGAUUAAACUCGAGACGAACUUCGCGCGAACAUAUGCUACCAUUGCACUCUGACGCUGCGCUUAUCACAUCGAAUGGCGAAUCAGUUUCCUCCGCCAUGGCAAAUCAACAAAAGAGAAGGGCAUAUCAUGGGUUAAUAAGUAAUGCAGGUGAAUCUGCCUUGAUGGAUGCGCAAAUAAACCGAAAAAAGAACGCGGAAGGACAUACCAGAAAUAGAAGUAUGAGCGAAUAUGUACCAGAAGCAAUACAGGUACCAAAACCUCGAAACAUUACCGUCUCGAGUUCGCAUGCUCCGAUAAUAGAUGGAGUGGCCGAAAUGGUUCCACCGUCAGAUAUACAUAUGCGAAGGGAACCACAUUUAGCGGUCCAACGAGGAUUGGCUCCUAUUCCAAGACCACCAACCCCACCAUCCAGUCGAACAGGAGGGGAAAGUAGUGAUAGUGAUUCUUCAUUGACCACCAAUAAUAUCCCUAGAGCUCUCCGGAAAUCAAGAGGUGAAUACUUUGAUGCAUACACCAGAAAUGAUUCUAAACGACGAAGAUGGAGAGGUAUAAAAGUUUUAGGUCAAGGCACUUUCAGCAAAGUGAUUCUAGCAACCAGUCAAGUCCAAGAUGAUGAGGGUCGCAUAGAUGAAGAUAAUGUGUUCGCUAUUGAGGGACUGGUUACACCCAGUGAGACAAAAAUUGAUCGAAAAAAACUGGUAGCAAUCAAGAUUUGUGAACAUGGUCCAAAAGGAGGGGCAUCGGAAGAAAGAGUAGAGAUGUCAUUAAAACGUGAAUUGGAAAUCAUGAAAUCGAUACAUCAUCCUUCAUUGGUUCACCUUAAAGCUUGGAGCAUAGAAGAGACAAGAGCUAUUUUAGUUUUGAGUUAUUGUCCCGGUGGAGAUCUAUUCGAGGUGGCCAGUCAACAUCGAGAUAUUCUCGUCCCAUCGUUACUCAGACGUAUGUUUGCGGAACUUGUUGGUGCUGUCCAAUAUUUACACGAUAGACAUAUUGUUCAUCGGGAUAUCAAAUUAGAAAAUGUCUUGGUUAAUCUUCCGCAACACGAGCUGGCAAAACCUCAAGACUGGACCAAAUAUCCUUACUCUAUCAUUACCCUCACAGACCUUGGUCUGUCUCGCCGAGUAGCUGAUGACGAAAAACUUACUACCCGUUGCGGAUCCGAUGAUUAUGCUGCCCCGGAAGUUAUCAUGGGUCAACCGUACGAUGGACGUGCUACCGAUGCUUGGUCUCUUGGUGUCUUACUUUAUGCAUUAUUGGAAAGUAGAUUACCAUUUGAUCCUAACCCUGGAAUGCCAGAGGGACACAAACAACGAAGCCGAACGAGUCAUAGAAUUGCACGAGUAGAAUGGAGAUGGAUUGAAUAUUUCGGUGAGGAGGGGGAUCAUGAAGGUGAUCCGGAGAAAUUCAAGGCAAAGGGAUUAGAGGGAGCAAUGGAAGCUACCGAAGGUUUAUUGAAAAGAGCUAGGAGUAGAUGGCCGUUGGAAAAGGUUCAGGCUAAUGAAUGGGUGAAAGGAGGUGUGGAUGUGGAGGGUGGUGUUAGAUGGAGAGAAGAGGUGAUUCCUGAAGAAGUUAGAAGUGGAGGGGAUUAUUAG